AUGAAGGAAAUAAAAUGUAACUACCUGAAUAUGAUCGUGGCUGUAAAACCUAUAGAAGGGGAGCUACGACCCAAUAGGUCAGUCACUGCCAGUGACUUUUUGAAUGUGAUCAAUCCUUUUCAGAAUGCUAAAUUUUCUGAUAAUCCCAAAGAGUUAAUUGAUUUGUUAGAAACUGUGCUUUUUACUCAUCAGCCUAUCUGGGAUGAUUGUCAACAAUUACUUCGUGUAUUGUUUACUACUGCUGAAAGAGAAAAGAUUUUGCUUGAAUCUAGGGAAUUGGUUCCUGGAGAGAGACAACCGCUGAUAAGCCCAAAUUUUGUUAAUCAAAUAUUUAAUUUAUCUAGACCUGAUUGGGAUCAUAAUACAGCAGAAGGUAAGGAGCUACUCCAGGUCUAUUGCCAGACUCUACUGGGGGGUUUCCGUGUGGCCGCCAAAAGGCCCACUAAUUUGUCUAAGGUAGGAAAUGUGCAACAAGAACAGGAUGAAAACCUUUCUGCCUUUUUGGAAGGAAUCCAGGCGGCCCUUCUUAGGUAUACUCCUAUGGAUCUAGAGGCACCAGAAUCUAGGGCUGCAAUAGUAAUGGCUUUAAUUAACUAAGCUGCCCCUGAUAUUAAACAAAAACAAAAAAAGAUAAAAAGAUUAGAUGAAAAGAUUGUGCAGGAUCUGGUAGUCAUUGCAGAAAGAGUUUAUAAUAACAGGGAGUUACCUGUAGACCGCCAGACUCCUGGAGACCAAAAUAAGAGAGAGCCCUGGAGAGAGCCCUGGAAACAUCACUCCUGUUUGGACAGAGAUCAAUGUGCCCACUGCAAAGAAAAAGGCCAUUGGGCAAGGGAAUGCCCCAAGAAACCCCAGAAAGAAAUGCCUAUUCUGAUGAUGGGAAAAGAAAAUGAAUAGGGGAGACAGGGCUCACGCCUCCCUGAGCCUAGAGUAACUCUCAAAGUGGAGGGGAAAACAAUAGAAUUUAUGGUAGAUACAGGAGCUCAACAUUCAGUUCUAUUAAAACCAUUAGGAAGAACUUCUGGAAAAAUGUCCUGGGUACAGGGAGCUAGUGGUCAAGUAUAACAUUCUUUCAUGGUGAUCACAGAUUGCCCCUAUCCAUUAUUGGGGAGAGACUUAUUAACUAAAUUGAGAGUUCAAAUUCAUUUUAAACCAGAAGGUGCCCAGGUGACUGAUGGAACUGGGAAUCCCAUUCACAUAUUGACUGUUCGGCUUGAAGAUGAAUAUAGACUCUGUUCCACACCCAUGCCAGGACCCCAAGUCCAAAAAGAUAUUGCCUUCUGGCUUGAAAGUUUUCCUCAGGCCUGGGAAGAAAUGGGGGGAAUGGGAUUAGCCAAACAUAGAGCACCAAUAUUCAUUGAAGUUAAAUAUGAGGCCAAUCCCAUUAAAGUCCGUCAAUAUCCCAUGACAUUUGUGGCCCAGCAGGGGAUAAUACCCCAUAUUAGAAAUUUAUUGAAGCAGGGGAUAUUGCGAUCAUGUCAGUCAGCCUGGAAUACUCCCUUGCUGCCUGUGAAGAAACCUAAUUCGGAUGAUUACCGAUCCGUUCAAUAUCUACAAGAGGUAAAUAAGAGGGUAAUUGAUAUCCACCCUACUGUACUUAAUCCUUAUAUUCUAUUGAACUUAUUGCCUCCCUCCCACCAAUGGUAUAUAGUAUUAGAUUUAAAAGAUGAUUUCUUCAGCCUCCCUUUGGCACCUAAGAGUCAAGCCAUAUUCUCCUUUGAAUGGCUGGAUCCACAUGAAGGAAUCAAUGGACAACUAACCUGCACCAGGCUGCCUCAAGGAUUUAAAAAUUCACCCACCAUCUUCGAUGAGGCCCUACAUGAAGACCUGGGUGAGUACCACCAGCAAAAUCCUCACCUAACCUUGCUUCAAUUUGUGGAUGACCUUCUCAAUGCAGCAGAAUCAGAAGAAGGUUGCAUAGAGGGAACAAAAAGGUUAUUAAAAGCCCUUGGAGAUCUUGGAUGUCGAGCAUCAGCCAAGAAGACUCAAAUAUGUCAACCACAGUUAAACUACUUGGGCUAUAAAUUUAAAAAAGGACAAAGAUGGCUAUCAGAAGCCAGAAAGGAGAUGGUGCAUAAAAUCCCCCCUCCAAAUUCUCCUCGCCAAGUAAGAGAAUUCCUGGGGACAGCUGGAUUCUGUCACCUAUGGAUUCCGGGGUUUGUGUAGUUAGCCAAGCCCUUAUAUGCAGUAACUAAUGAUCAGCAAGCUUUCCAAUGGACAGAGACUUUACAGGAAUCUUUUGAGAAUAUCAAGGCUGUGCUGCUAGGAGCAUCAGCCUUGGGCCUGCCAGGUAUAACUAAGCCCUUUCACUUGUAUGUGGAUGAGAGUUGGGGAAUAACCAAAGGAGUGUUAACUCAAUAUCUUGGCCCUUGGCAAAGACCAAUAGCAUACCUGUCAAAGAAACUGGACCCUGUAGCAUCUGGGUGGCCACCUUGCCUGCAGAUGAUUGCAGCAGUGGCACUAAUGGUCAAGGAUGCUAACAAACUUACUUUGGGACAACAAAUGUAUGUGACUACUCACCAUGCUUUUGAAGGAAUAAUAAAGCAACCUCCAGACCGAUGGCUAAUGAAUGCCUGGCUAACUCAUUAUCAAGACCUUCUCCUCAAUCCUGCCCGAGUUGUCUUUCAGCCUCCAGCUGCCUUGAAUCUUGCCUCUCAGCUGCCCAAUCCAGACUUAGAUGCUCCACUCCACUGCUGCAAAGAGAUUCUAGCCCAGGUGCAUGGUACUUGGGAAGACUUAAGAGAUCAAUCAUGGCCAAAAGCAGAACUGACUUGGUGUGCUGAUGGAAGCAGCUUUAUGCACAAUGGACACAGGUAUGAAGGGGCAGCAGUAGCAUCAGAGACUGAGAUAAUUUGGGCUGAAUCUCUCCCUGUUGGGAUAUCAGCACAAUGGGCAGAACUCAUAGGCUUAACUCAGGCUUUGACCUUGGGACAAGGAAAAAAAUUAAACUUCUAUACUGAUCAUAGAUAUGCUUUUGCCACUGCUCAAGUUCAUGGGAUCAUUUACCAGGAAAGAGGAUUAUUGACUGUGGAAGGAAAAACUAUAAAGAAUAAGGAAGAAAUUUUGGCCCUAUUAAAGGCUUUGUGGUUGCCUAAAAGACUGGCUAAAAUUCAUUGCCCAGGCCAUCAAAAAGGCAAUAUACCUAUAGCCAGGGGCAAUAAUCUGUUGGAUCAUGCAGCCAAAGAAGCAGCCCUCCGCAUCCAAGAGAUUAUGGCCUUACAACUCCUGACUUGGGAACCCCAGCCCUCCCUGAAAAGGGAGACUACUCCAAUUCUGAUUUGGCAUGGAUUAAACAGAUGCCUACAGCUCAAUUAG